UCCCCUGCCCCGAAUCCAUCCUCCCCCUUCCCGCCUCUCCCAACCGCCAAAAUGGACGGCCGCCGCCCUUCUCCUCACGCCGACGACCCCACUUGCGGCGGCGGAGGGGCCAACUCCUCCAUCACGCCCCAAGAACCCGAGGUCUACUCCCCACCUGCCUCUCCUCCCCGCGCGCACCACUCCGGUCAGCCGGGGAGGUCGAUCUUCGUCAACGAGGACACGAGUGGCGGUCCGACCAUUGGCGCCGCCUCGUCCUCCGCCUGGGGACCUGUAGAAGGCCAAGAAUCCAAGAUCACGGACAAGACAGCCGCCCCCUUCCUCUUAGGGCCGCGGCGUCUGAGCAGCCCAACAGGGGGCUCGGACUCCGACUCCGACGACGACGACUGCGAUGCCUGGGGCGGCUUCAGCGACCCCUCAACGUCGCUGAGCUCUCCAGACGCCUACGACUGCCGGACCUUCUUCGCUGACCCACCUUUCCAAGAGGAGGCGCAUCACGAGAUUCUUGAUUAUUCUUUUUGGAGAUAUGAGGAUGUGCCCUGUGAUCAUUUUUCUAUGGUUUCACAGACAUCAGAAAAUGGUGGCCCCACAAUUCAUGAAAAGGAGCCUUUAUCAUCUCUAGAGGCUGAGUUGGCAUACAAGGAUAUGAAAGAUAAAGCAAAUAUGCUUUUGGCUAAUUACUCUGAAUACCGGAAAGUAUCUGGAGAUGGGAGUUGCUUAUACAGAUCCUUCAUAUAUUCAUAUCUGGAGCAGCUCGUGAAAGUAUCUCCUGACGAGGAACUGCGCUUAAUUGGGACACUUGAACCGUUGUUGGAGAAGUUCCAAAGACUUGAUUUGCCUGGUUCAUAUGCUGAUGGUCAUAAUGCAUUUGUGAACUUGAUACUGGAUUGUAUGCGCCACAAACAAAUUCUAUCAGUAAGUGACUAUGAAGACUGGCUAUUCCAGGAGAGUCAGAAUGAGCAGAAUUUUGCCAAUAGUGAGAAAACACAAUCACUUUUUUAG